AUGACGCAAUGCCAAGCAAACAAUGAUGACAAAGCCUUUGACUUUCCCAUUGACUUGGUUGAAUUGUCGAAACAACAUGUUGGAUUCCUUCAGACUCUUCAUCAACUAGGAGUCACCAUCCAACGACCUUCUCCCAAGUCGCUACAGCGCUACCGUGAUUUAUGGCUGCCUUUGGUUCUCGCCAAUCCUCGGGAAACGAUAGUGCCACCAGCAGACUGCGCAUGGCUCUGGCAUUGUCACCGACUUGCACCAUUCCGUUAUACAUCGUAUCUGAAGCGUGAAUUCGGCAAUGACUGCCAAAUGCUCGAAGCUAAUCCGGCGUUCUGUUUUCAGUGGAACAGCGAUGAAGUAUAUGGAGGAAGCCUGAACAUGAUUGAAAACGAUAUGAAGGCUGCAGCUGAGAGAACUCGAUCUCUCUGGAACCAACAGUACCCAGAAGAGAGUUUCCACCUUCAGGUGGAGGCAUCUGCAUCCCAAACACUACCAUAUUCUGAAGAAAAGAUCGAUGAUGGCUCUCUCUUUCUGGACGGUUUUGACCUUUUGGGCUCAACCGACCGACAAGCAACCUUUCUAUGGCAAGUGUCUGGUCCACGCUUUGCAAGUGAAGAAUUUCUCAAGGAAGGUGCCGUCCAGUACUACAAGUUUCUAAAACUUCGAAGAACGGCAGAAAAGUCGAAUACUAUCCUUGUCCCCACAUACCAGAUCGAUCUCAUGUGGCAUACUCACAUUCUAUCGAGUCUGACUGGAUACUUUGUGGACUGCAAGGCCAUCAUGGGUACUACAUUGAACCACGAUGACAGCUUGAACGAUCGUACGGAUGAUGGUCCAUUGGAUCGAGCUUUCAACGACACAAAAGCUCUAUGGAAGAAAAGCUACGGGGAGGAAUAUUUUGUAAAGGGAGGAAUGUAUCGUGGCGAGCCACCGAAGGGAUACUACAAUAUCUCGUGGUGUAGUCGAGUAUGCAACGAAGAAGCACAGAUCCCUCUUGGACCGUUUCUGCACAUGAUUGGUCUACAAGGUGCAUCUUCUACAAACCCAACUGGUGGUGCUUACGACUUGGACAUUGUGUGGGCAUGGAAGGAAACCGCAUCACAAAUGUCGAAACAUCCUGCGAGUUCCGUUGCUGGUGAUCCCUCGGAAUGCUGGAUCAAGUACGAUGAAUCAGCCAAUGCAACGCUUGAAACCGCAUUCAAAAAUCAAGGCGGUGAAGGUACAUGUGACUUGGGAAACGGAUACGUAGUCGACUUUCUCGAGAAUAAACAGACAAAAAAGGCAACGGGAUAUGUCCGUGAGGUGCAGAGGAUUGUGAAUGUGAAGUCUGCUUUGGAGCGCCCCAAGGUAUGGUGCUGGAAAGAGACACAAGGACAGAUGGGAAAGCAUAGCUCUUCUGCCAUUUAUGGGAAUCCAUCCGAGUGCUGGAUCAAAUAUGAUGAUACUGCAAACUCGAUUCUGGAGUCGGCAUACCAGGCCCAGGGCAACAAUGGCGAAACCUCUCCUUCUAAGGGAUAUAUGGUGAACUUCACCACCAUGAAGCAAACCAAGAUCGCAACUGGCUUUCAGCGUGAGGUGCAGAGAGUCGAUGCCACCAACGACGCAGCCGAUGCUGCUGCAAAUGAUGCGACGGCGUAUUGGACUCCACUGACUGGGAAUGCUCCUGAUGGUUCCCCUGGCUUUGUUGCCUCUGCUCCGAAAUCUAAAACUAGGGGAGUCAAUGCAAAUCCAUUCAAGCAGGACUACAUAUUCGGCAGAAAGGCGGACAAAGUAGGAUACUUCCAUAUCACCACAAAGGAAGCCUACGAGAUUUUGGCAAUGAGGAUGAAGCUUCGCAUCUUGCAAAAGAAGAGUGAUAUUGCAAUGGCAACAUGCUGCGGCCUUUGUAACGUGCCAAAGACUAUGGAGGACGAUCUUGACAAAUUGGAAACAACCGAGGCAGUUGUGAAGGCUCGAGCAGGCGCAGCCAGACCAACAGGAAAGAUUGGGCUGCCGCCAAAGUACAAGAACAACCGCAACGUUUCCAAUACACACUAUAGUGAUACUGGAAUUUGGUAUUUCCCCGGUGAAUACUAUGACUGUGGUGGGGGCUGUGGUGGCGAUUCAAAUAUCCACAUUUCUGGUGGUGGUGAUGGUAAUUGUGGAGCUGGAUGUGGCGCAUCUGGCUGUGGGGGUGCCGCCUGUGGAGCUGCUGCCUGUGGAGGUACUCGUCUAGGGGACGGAGGCGGAGGAGGAGGAUUUUUUGGAGAUAGCGGUGGAGGAGACUUCGGCGGUGGUGGUGGAGGAGGCUGUGGUGGCGGCGGAGGAGGAGGUGGUUGUGGUGGCUAG